AUGAGUCCUCACAAGAUUCCCGUCCUCCCAUCACCCGAUGCACUCCCUAAUUACGGCAUCUCAAAGAACGGGUUCUUACCUGCCGAGCCACCACUAAGACGCUUACCGCAUACCUACUAUCAACCAUGGGAGAAGAUCGUUGAGCAACUUCCAACCCUCAUAGAGACACAACAAAUACGGCAAUGGGUUGACGAAUUGCCCGUUCUCGAUACGUCGCAUCUCUCCAGUGAGGCAGAAUGGCAGAGAGCACACUCGAUGCUCGCUGUCAUAGCCCAGGGCUACAUAUGGGCAGGUCCCGAGCCAUCAGAGCGACUACCCCCAGCGAUCACUGUGUCGUUCCUUCAGACUGCCGACUAUCUUGAGGUGCAUCCAGUGGCCACAUAUGCAGCUCUGAACUUAUGGAACUGGACACCACUCAACGAAGACGCCGACUUGACGCAACCGGAGAACAUGGUUGCACUACACACAGCGACGGGAACCGAUGAUGAGUCGUGGUUCUUCAUUAUUUCGAAUGCCAUGGAAGCAAGAGCAGGCCCGUUGAUCGAGGCCAUGCUUGGUGCUAUUGAAGCUGUCGAGACUGAUGAUGCCACAACGAUCAUACACGCCCUGCAAUACUUCCGACAGGGAAUGCAGCGCAUUGGCCAGCUCUUGGAACGCAUGGAUGAGCGGUGUGACCCGCAGAUGUUCUACCACACCAUCCGACCUUUCCUGGCUGGGAGCAUGAACAUGGCGAGUGCCGGUCUACCAAACGGCGUUUUCUACGACGAAGGUAACGGAAAAGGCACAUGGCGCGCUUAUCGUGGUGGUUCCAACGGCCAGUCUUCGCUGCUACAAUUCUUCGAUGCGGUUCUCUCUGUCGACCAUUCGAGAAGCGGCGGCUUUCACGCAGAGAUGCGUGGGUACAUGCCCGGGCCCCAUGCCCGCUUUCUUGACGAUGUCCAAGCAAUCGCAAAUAUUCGAAGCUACGUCGAUAGUCAUGCAGACAACACUGAGCUUCUGACCGCAUUCAACGAAGCCGUCGCGGCGCUCAGCGGCUUCCGCGACAAACACAUCGCCUUGGUGACCAGGUACAUCAUCAUACCGAGCCGAAUGGGAAAACCCACUACCGGUCCCAAGAGACGAGAUAUAGCUUCCGCCUCGACGGAGUUGGCGGCCGAAAAGCCGAAGACGCAAGAGUUGGUCGGAACUGGAGGCACCAAGCUGAUACCGUUUCUGAGAACAUCGAGAGACGAGACUAGUGAAACAAAAGUCGUGCAUUGA